AUUCAGAUUGUGAAAAACCUCCAGAGAACUGUUUUGCCCAUAAUUACCAAAGAAGGAGAUAUCAUCAUUGGAGGAGUAUUUCCUAUUCAUUUUAGGGUGCUUGAAUCAAAUCUGACUUACAACAUGCAACCAGAGACUACAAGAUGUGAUGGUUUCAGUUUUAGGUCAUUUAGAUGGGCCCAGACAAUGAGAUUUGCAGUUGAGGAAAUCAACCAGAAACAUCAGAUCUUGCCUAAUAUCAGUCUGGGAUUUAGAAUAGAUGAUUCUUGCAAUACCCAGUUCCAAGCCCUGAGAGCUGCCAUUAUACUGCUGACUGGAGAAAGUGGCAGAUGGACCACUUCCAUUCCUGCAAUCAUCGGUGCUUCUGGAGUUAUUUUAGCUGGAGCAUUACUGGGUGUUUUCAAUAUUCCACUGGUCAGUUAUUUUUCAACCUGUCCAUGCUUAAGUAACAAACAAGAAUAUCCAUCCUUUCUGCGUACUAUACCAAGUGACUUAUUUCAAGUUAAUGCUUUGGUAGAAUUAGUAACAUAUUUUAAAUGGACUUGGAUUGGAGCCAUAGCAACUGAUGAUGAAUAUGGUCAAUAUGGAAUACAACUGUUCAAUAAGAAAGCAGCAAAUCUGGGAAGCUGCAUUGCUUUUACAACUUAUAUCCCCAAAGUUCCAACUCAGAACAAGAUUGCUGAAAUAGUUGACAUGAUAAGACAUUCUAGGGUAAAAGUUGUGUUAGCAUUUGCAGUUGAGCAAGAUGUGGAAGUUUUGAUGCAAGAGAUCACACAGCACAAUGUGACAGGAAUACAAUGGCUUGCAAGUGAAGCAUGGGUUACGUCUGCCCUUCUUUCUACAAAAGAACAAGCUGGUUUCUUAGAUGGAACAGUGGGGUUUGGAAUUAAAAGAGCUAAUAUCCCAGGACUGAAGGAAUUUCUUUUACAACUGCACCCUUCAAAUGUUAAAGAGAAUCCUUUUGUUACAGAAUUUUGGGAAGAAAUAUUUAAUUGUUCACUUGACAUGGAAUUCAGUGACACUGGAACAAGCAAAAAGCCUUGUUCAGGGCAUGAAAAUCUUACUAGUUCUAGCAAUAUAUAUUCUGAUGUGUCACAGCUGAGAAUCUCUUAUCAUGUAUAUAAAGCUGUAUAUGCUAUUGCACAUGCGCUCCAUGAUCUCCUGGCUAUUAAAGAUGACAUCAGCUUAUUUGUUAAUGGCUCAUGCCCAAGGACAUUAACUGUUAAACCAUGGCAGCUUUUGCAUUAUUUAAAAAAUGUUAAAUUUGACAGCCUUGGUGAGGAAGUGCACUUUGAUGAAAAUGGAGAUCCCCUGCCAUCUUAUGACUUAAUAAACUGGCAGAAAAAAUCAGACGUAUCCAUUGACUUCAUCAAUGUUGGUUAUUUUGCUGGUACCGACACUGGCCUACCAAAGCUUGACAUAGAUAAAAAGACCAUCUUAUGGAACGGUGGUAAGAGAGAGGUACCAAAAUCAGCAUGUAGUGAAAGCUGUUCUCUGGGUUCACGAAAAGGACUUAGGCGAGGUGAACCUAUUUGUUGCUUUGACUGUGUACCAUGUGCAGAUGGCGAGAUUAGCAAUCAAACAGACUCAUCAGAGUGCAUUACCUGCCCUCUAGAUUAUUGGUCAAACCUGCUACAAGAUCGCUGUAUAUUACGGGAAAUUGAUUAUCUAUCAUUUGAAGAUGUCAUGGGAAUAUUGCUGAUAGCUGCAUCAUUAUUAGGAGCUUGUGUUACAUGUGCAGUACUAAUAGUCUUUGCAUAUUACAGAGAUACACCUAUUGUAAAAGGUAACAAUUCAGAGUUAAGUUUCCUGAUUUUGGUUUCUUUAGUACUCUGUUUUCUUUGUUCCCUAACAUUUAUUGGGGAACCAUCACAGUGGUCUUGCAUGCUGCGGAAUACAAUUUUUGGUAUAACAUUUGCACUUUGUUUUUCAUGUAUUCUAGCAAAAACAAGUGUUGUAUUAAUGGCUUUCAAAGCAACACUUCCAGGUAGUAAGGCAAUCAAAUGGUUCAAACCUGCUCAACAAAGAGCCUUAAUAUUUUUUGGAACAGCUAUUCAGAUUACAGUUUGCAUUGCAUGGCUGUUCAUAGCACCCCCAUUUCCCAAUCAAAACACACAAGUGCAGACUUCGAAAAUUAUUCUUGAAUGUGCUGUGGGCUCAUUAACUUUCUUUUCAUUUGUACUGGGUUACAUUGGGUUCUUGUCAUGUUUUAGUUUUGUGUUUGCUUUUCUAGCUCAUGAACUGCCAAGUAAUUAUAAUGAGGCAAAACAUAUUACCUUCAGCAUGGUCAUUUUUCUAACUGUAUGGAUUGCCUUUAUACCAGCGUAUAUUAGCACACAUGGAAAAUAUACAAUUGCUGUACAAAUAUUUGCAAUUCUGACAUCAACAUUUGGUUUACUUAUUUGUAUAUUUGCCCCAAAGGUUUAUGUAAUUUUACUAAAGCCAGAAGAAAAUACUAAGAAAAGGCUGCUGAAUAGAGUAGUAAGUGAAUAG